CAGCCGCACUAGCCAAGGCAGCCACCAGGUUCUUCCUCUUUCUUCUUUUCUUCACCUUCACCGAUUCUUUCCUUUCUUCUCCCAUUCUUCUUCUUCUUCUUCACCUUCACCUUCAUCUCAGUUUCCUUCUCCAAUUUUCUUGUUCUUUCUUCUUUUUUACUUUUCCUACUCCCACCCCGGUGCUCCAUCGCCAUUCACGCUCCCACCAGGUUAAUAGCAUAUUUUUUAAAACUAAAAGAUACAAAACCGCCGGUUCGAACCGGAGAUUUAUGGUUCGUAGGAAAGAGAAUCCGAAACCGAACCGUGAGAUAACCGGUUUCGGCUCGAUGGCGGUUCCAAACGCAGGUUCGAAACAGAUUGAGCAAGUCUAACCUAGCCGACUGUUUAUUCAGUCUGUUCUUGCUUCUUCGUCCCAUCCCAUCAGUAGACACCUCUGUUGCCGACCAAGUGUUCGUUGAAAUUCCUUCCUAAAAUUGGACGUGUUCUUCACCUAUAUCCUGGUAUUUUUUUCUGUUGAGAAUGGGGAAGAAGAAAUUGAGGAAGGUGGAGAGCGAAAGCGAAGUUGAGAAACUCGACCCUGAGUUUGAAGAGGAUUUCGUGGAUGUACAUAAAAUCGAUGAUGGCGAAUUUCAAGAUGAUGAUACAGAUGACUUGAAUGAGGCUGAUUUGGAUCAUGACGAAGAGGGAGAGGAAGCUGAUGAAGAGAGCGAGGAGGAUGAAGACGAGGUUGGAAAGGAAUAUUCCGAAGAUGAUGAUGAUCUGCAUACUGCUCUCAAUGCUCAGAAAGGCCAUGAGAUGGAAGAGCUGGAGAAGGAGUAUGAAGAGCUUCGAAGCAAGGAGCAGGAUCUUUGGAGGAAUCUAAAGCACUCUAAAGAUGAUGAUAUUCAAAAGGGUCAAGCAGUUAAAAAUCAAAGGGCUCUUUGGGACAAGACGCUUGAGUUCAGAUUCUUGCUGCAGAAAUCAUUUGCAAGUUCAAACAGACUCCCCCUGGAACCAAUUAGAUCAUCGUUUUGUGAUUCUGACAGUGACGUUGGCCAAGGAUAUUCAGAAUUGAUUGCUUCGUCGAAGAAGACAUUGGAUUCUAUACUGGAGCUACAACAGGCACUGAUAGCAAAUAAUCCCUCAAUCAUUGGAGAAGAUGAUUCCACUGCAAAAUCCAAGCAAUUAGAAGCUUCUGAAAACUCAGAUAUGGAUCUUGACGAAGAAUGGUUGCAGAUUUCUGAAAUGCAAUCAAGAAUGGCUUCAUUCAGAAACAAAUCGAUUGACAAAUGGCAUAGGAAAACCCAAGUGACAACCGGUAGAGCUGCAAUUAAAGAUAAAUUGCAUGCCUUCAACCAGAGUAUAAGUGAACAAGUGUCUGCCUACAUGAGGGAUCCGAGUAAAAUGAUCAAGGGGAUGCAGCAGAAUAAAUCAGCUGUUGCUGUAUUUGGAAAUGUUUCGGAUUCUACUCAAAAUCUCAAGCAAGAAGGUGCACUUGUAAACGUCGACCCUGAACUUCUAGAUGACUCGGAAUUCUACCAGCAGUUGCUGAAAGAGUUCUUUGAGACAAUCGACCCAUCAUCAUCGGAACUGGCUUUCUAUGCAACAAAAAGACUGCAAACUAAGAAGAAGCGAAAACUAGUUGAUUGUGGCGCUUCAAAGAGUCGCAAGAUCCGGUACCAUGUUCAUGAAAAGAUAGUUAAUUUCAUGGCCCCUCAGCCCAUGAAGCUCCCCCCAGCAGCCCCCCAACUAUUCGAAAACUUGUUCGGCCUCAAGACUCAGAAACAUGCCUUUGCGUCACGUGCAUAAUCAAUCUUAUGUUUUUGAUACACUUUGAAGCUUCAAGUUAUGACAGCCAUUGUUACAGACAAACAACACAAUUACGAUAGUGUAAUUCUAAUUAUGCUUCUCUUCUCA